AUGUUUACUAAUAAGCCAGUGGAACAAGAUUUAGACUCAUUUAUUCGAACAUUUCGUUCCCAACGAGCUCAAUCGAGAAUGAGCAAUCCAUCUUCAGACGCAUUACUUUCGUCCUCGACAAAUGCGAAUGCUGACAAUGUCAAGUCAAUUCGUCCGUUACCUACUUUCUCCGAACAUGAUAUUCAGAAAAUGAAAUAUAAAAUCGAUCUCGAUAAACAAGUAGCUGAGAAGAAGAAUCGAGAUGUUCUCGAAUUGGAGAUGAAACUUCAACGAGAUAAAAAUUAUGCUAAACAACAAGCUCUCUUUGGUAGUCACGAGCAUCCGACGCCCAUCAGAAAACAAGAACUCGAGCAAAUUCUCACACAGAGCAAAGUUCCCUCGCCAACUUUGCUAAAGAAACCAGAAAUCUUAACAAUUCAUUAUCAACAAUUGAAUGCACCCAACGAGAAACAUAGUUCCAGUUCGUCCCGAGAGCCAGCAUACGGCAAUCAAUCUUUCAAUAGCAUUAAUUCAGCCAAGGCAACGAAAGCGUCUUCUCCCCCUGAUGACUUCUUGUCAAGUAGUAAUUCUGAUUAUCAACGUUUUUACGGCGGUAGUGCAAAUACUAAUCGAAGCUCAUCGCAUUUAACACCAUUAUCAAAAACCGCUCAGCCACUGAAAGGCGAUGCACAUGAUCCAUUCAUCCUGUUUGAUCCAAAUAAAGAACCUCAACAAGUGUUCAAUAUAAUUCCUCAACAGAAUUUAUACGAACCAUGGGGUCGACCAGGCGCUGGUGCUCCUUUGAUUCAUCAACAGACGGGUCAGAAGUUCACAAGAUACGCUGGUAGUCUAGAAGAUAAAUUAAAUACGGUUGGACCAUUGAGUUUGUAUCGUAGUCAAUAUCAUGGAAAUAUCUUUGAUCAAAAACAUGAUAUGGAAGUUCAAAAGACUCGUCGCGAGCAAGAAAGACAAGAACGACGAUUGAACCCUGGUGAAACCGCUGCCGAUUGGAUAUCUCAACUUGAAGGCAGUCAUUAUCCUCUGAAAUUUCACAAGCCAACUACAAAGACAACUCGUCAUUUUACAGGCACACAUGACCCAUAUUCUGCUGAAGAUGCAAAUUUAUUUCGUAGUGAACUUUCCCGACAAACUGAAGAACGAGCUCGUCAACGACAAAUUGCUCGAUAUGAAGAUAAUCUGGCUGAUCUACAGCAUACUGAAGUACAGAACAGUUGGUGGGGCAGAGAAGCAGUGGGCGUAGCAAAACCAAAAAAGCGACCAGAUAAUGUUCAAAAUGCACUCACUAGCUCGCAGCCGUAUUGGACGUCAAAUAGCUUUGAGCCACGAACUACAACUGACACCAAACCAUCCGUUCCAAUGAGAUUUUACGACGCUCAUUUUGCUUAUCCGAAAUCGAAGUUCAUCUCUAAACACACAAAUUUCUAUCAAUUGUCUGACGCUAACAAUACUUGA